AUGGUAAAGUAUAUGGUUGAAAUUGAUUGGUGUCUAGUUCAGUCUAAGCAAACUAGUCUUGUUCAAAUGGAAACAAAGAAGCCAAUAUUGCAAAGAAAGAACACUCCAGAUCUGAUGAUGGCGAACGGCGAUUCUAGAGUCUCGACUACGGAGGAUCAGGACGAGAACAUGACGGAGGUGGGGGAGAAAUCUAACCCACCAGGAGAGCCGCCUGAUAAGUGGAUCUCAGGGACUUCGAAGGCGGCAAGUACGGAAGGAGUGGAGGGCAUGGAGGCGAACGGUGUUUCUAUGGUUCCGAAUUCGGAGGAUCACGACGCGAGCAUGACGGACGUGGGUGAGAGAACCAACAGACCAGGAGAACCGCUUGAUAAGGGAAUCUCAUGGGCUUCGAAGGCAGCAAGUACGGUAGGAGGGGGUAUGCCGGUUCCAGAGGUUUUGAUCGAGGACUCGUUUGUGUCUAACAGACUCCACGUGGAGUUCCCGAAUGGGGAGGAUGGAGAACCAUCAAUUACGAUUGAAAACGAGGUCCUCGAAGCGAUGAAUGGGUUGUGGAAGAAGUGUAUGAUUGUUAGGGUCUUGGGGAGAAACGUUGCGAUCUCUGCAGUGAAUAGGAAGUUACGGGAACUAUGGAAUCCGAAGGGGAGAAUGUAUGUGAUGGAUCUACCGAGGCAGUUCUUCAUGGUUCGCUUUGAAAGGGAAGAGGAGUAUCUGGCAGCAUUGACAGGAGGACCAUGGAGGGCCUUUGGUAGUUACCUCAUGGUGCGAGCGUGGUCACCAGAGUUUGAUCCAUUAAAAGAUAACAUUGCUACAACACCGGUUUGGAUCAGAUUAACGAAUAUCCCGGUAAAUUUUUACCAUCGAUCGAUUCUUAUGGGAAUUGCUAAGGGUCUAGGUAAGCCAAUUCGUGUGGAUCCAACUACGUUGAACUUUGAAAGAGCGCGGUUCGCGAGAAUUUGCGUUGAGGUUAAUCUAGCAAAACCUUUGAAGGGGACCGUCCUAAUAAAUGGAGACAGGUACUUCGUUUCUUAUGAGGGACUAACUGAGAUUUGCUCCAAAUGUGGGGUAUAUGGGCAUUUAGUGCAUGGAUGUCCAAGAACGAUUGCGGAACGAAUGGCCAUUUCAAUGACUUUAACGGAGGUGUCAGCACAAGUUAAACAAACGACCGCCCAAGUCCCACAACCGCAGGACGAUGGCUUUAUUCAAGCACGAGGAUCGAGAAGAGGAGCACAAGCGUUGCCUCGGUCGUCUACUGGCAUGACAGGAAAAAGUUCGAAAGGAGAGACUGACAGAUCCAAUAGUGAGAUGAAAGAAACUAAGAAGAUUGUGUUAUCGAACAAGUAUGGAAGCCUUGAUAUAGACAGAAAAACGGGGGAAGUAGGAGAUGAUGUUAGCCCGGGUGAGGAGGAUAGGGAGAGUCAGAAGAUGAAUAUCAAGGAUAAUAAGGGUAAGGGAGUCUUGCAAGAGAAGGGAAGCAUUGUUUUUGGCGGGACUACAAGUGUACCAUCUGUUUCGAAGUGGGAGACUAAGGAGAGAUGGAUGGGCAAUAAAAAAAUGAUGGAGGGAGCAAGAGGCAAGUUGAAGAAGAUUAACAACAUACCGGUAAGAGGUUUGAUCUUUGGGCCAACGAAGGGGGAAAUAAACCUAUCAGAGUCGGGGAAAAGACUGAGAGUAGAAAACAACAAUGUAGGGAGACAAGGUGGAGCAUUCAGAGAUAACAUGGAGAAAGCUAAGGCUGUGCCUAAGACCCCUCAGCUGUGUGAUGAGGAAUUGGAAAAUCCAAUGGAUGGUAGUAUCAGCGAAGCAGAGCAGCGAACAGCUGGUACACAGACGAACCUACAGGAAGAUGGGAGAGUGUUAUCUCUCGCAUAA